AUGGAGGCUUUCAAGACUCAUGGAGGGGUUGCUCCCAUUCCCACCGUCGUUCCUGAACCGACUCACUACCAGACCAUCGGCCACAAUGGCGUUCGCGCUCUAUGGGUUCUCUUCGUCGCUAUGACAGUCGUAUCUGCCAUCUUCGCCCUGCUAUCAUGGAACGUCGCCGUGCAGCGUCGCAUCUUUUACUUCCUCACAACUCUCACCACCAUCAUCUCUGCCCUCGCCUACUUCGCCAUGGCGUCUGGCCAGACAUCGUACUUCAACUGCACCAGCGUGAGGGACCACCACAAGCAUGUUCCCGACACGCACCAUGAAGUCUGUCGCCAGGUCUUCUGGGCCCGAUAUGUUGACUGGACGCUCUCAACACCGCUGCUUGUCGUUGAGCUUUGUCUCCUCGCGGGUGUUGAUGGUGCGCAUACCAUCUUUGCCGUCAUUGCUAACGUGAUCUUUGUCCUCGCGGGUGCUUUCUCCGCUGUUGGACAUGCCAACACUGCUCAGAAGUGGGGAUGGUAUGCUAUCAGCGUCAUCGCCUUUGUCUUCACCAUCUGGCACGUCGCUGUUCCCGGCUCCCGAACCUCUCGUGCCCGCGGCACCAAGAUCGCUCGCCUCUUUGGCUCCAUCUCCGUCGCUUCUCUCAUCCUCUGGCUCGUCUACCUUGUUGUCUGGGGCGCUGCCGGUGGCGCUUGGAAGGUCAAGGUCGGCACCGAGGUCGUCAUCUACGCCGUCCUCGACGUCCUCACUAAGGCUGUUCUCGGCCUCUGGAUCAUCACUGCUACGCGACAGAACCGCGACACUACUCCCGAGAUUGGAGGUUACUGGACCAACGGUGCUGGUGCUGAGGGUACUAUUCGCGUUGGCGAUGACGAGGAUGGAGCUUAA